AUGAGCGAUGUGUUAAUGUCUGAGGGUGAUGCCGGCGAUUCCUCCACCAUUGAAGAGGAAUGGUUGCCGGCCAAAUCUAAGGAUGAGAAAACCGAAACUUGCGAAACUAGCAGUGGUUCCGACAGCGAUUGCGAGAAAGAACUUUACGAAGGUCGCACAAAAAACAGAAAAACUCGCAGAGGAAUCGCAGCCAAGAAAAGAAACAUAUUGACCUUGACACAAACAUCGAAGAACAGGCCAAGUUCGGUAAAUCGGGCUGUUGGAUAUGAUGGAUAUGAAUCCGACAGUAGCGGCGAUGAGCACCUGGUCGAUCCGGCAAAGCUGGAUUUCAGUUCCAAAUUUUUCGAUAGAGUAUCUGCAAUACAAACGCAAAGUGCGAUGAGCGGCCACGAUGUGGUUCCAUUUUUCGAUUGCAAUGCCGGUAUUGGUCAGCUUUCCGAUAGUUCUGAGGCUGAAAGUGAUGAUCAGGCUGGCGACGCUAUCGAACAGUUUCACCAUGGCAUGAAGAAAGAAAAAGGGGGCAAAGAAUUGAUCAGUAAAAUCAACGAAAUGUCAACGUCGUACGUGAAUUUCCAGAAAUUUACUCAAACUAUUGAAAUGGCUAAAAGUAAUCUGCAGAGCGCAGCGAUGCAGCAGCAGCAAAAGCAGUUCUCCGAAGCAGCUAGCGGCAGCGCACAGGAUGUUUCCAAUUUGCUGGCACUGGGUGAAGCGAAACACACUGCUACCGAGCAACCUGUUGCACACAAAAAGGCUCCGGAAGGUGGACGGAAGAGUAAGAAAGUUGCAGAAUCCGAUUCCGAUUGGGAAGAGGUGGAAGAGAACGAACAGGCUAGCACUCCUGUUCCGAAUACGGUACAGAUAACACUCAAUCCGGAAGCCACUACUAGGAAGAAGCGAAAAUCUGCCGAAGUAGAUAUGGAUGCUUGCAUCAAACGCAAGAUCAACCGCGACAAACGCGAUGAUCAGCUCGUACUGCACAAAAUGACGAUCAUCAUGGGCAUUGCACACGGGAAUUACGCUAACCGUAUGCUCAAUGACCCAACACUGCUGACGAUCGGCAACGGAUUGAUACCGUCCAACCGAUGCUAUCCGAAGGGCCGAACGAAUCUUCAAUACCUCGAGCAAAUCAUGACAUUCUUCCGGGAAAUUGUUACGCUAAAAGAUACACGCGUGUUUUGUCGCAGCUGGAAGCGUCUUACGUUACCGCAAACACUUCGCUUGCAGUUAAUCUCUCAAAUGGCCAACUGCAAGCGGGACUUUGUUUAUCUGUUCAUCAUAGUGCUCCGCUCCAUUGGCAUCCAGUGCCGGUUGGUACUUUCGCUACAAGUGGCACCGAAACUGGUUCCUACUUCGGAAUUGCUCAAGGUACCUGCUAAGAACGGUGCGAAAAAGAAAAAAAGUUUGGAAGACACACAGGACAAUUCUGAGCAUGAUCAUGAUUAUAGUGUCGCGAAGAAUGCGGGUGCAAGCGGACUUACAUGCAGGAAGCGUAAAUCAUCUCCAGUGGUUCUACCUCAGCUUGAUGGGGCCGAUGAUGGAGUCAAGGAAAGCAAAAGACAGCCCAGAAAAAAUACGAAACAGCAACUGGGGAAGCAGAACGACGACAACAGAUCAGCGAGAGAGAACGGAAUUCAUGGUGGUACAGUAGCAGUUUAUCCGGAAGUCAAUAAUUCUCCGAGGAACACACGGAAACAACCGUUGCAAGGAAUGUCUCAAAAGACAGUCACUUCUGAGGUUUCUACGAAAACAGAGGCGGGAAGGAAAUCUGAGGAAAGUAACAGAGUAAAAAAGGUCCCGCCGGUACCUGCGAAACCCUCCACGUCUACAAUGGUUCGAAAAGAUUAUGACAAAAUAUCGAAUCAAGCUUCUAUCAAUAGUGCCAACCCAUCGGGCAUCCAAACAAAGUGUAGCUUGGAUGGAGCCACUCAACCUUGGCAACCAUCCCCUGGAUCAAAGAUCGUUAAAAUAGAAAGGCUUAGUGCAAAAACCAAGCGCGCACUCGAUCGCCGUGUUCUUUCCUCGGACGAUGAGCAACAUCGAGCAAAAGCGACCGCUGAUGGAACCUGCAAAGGUUCUGAAGCGAUCAACGAGUGGGUUGAAGCGUUCGCCGAGGAAGAAGAACGCUGGAUACCCAUGGAUGUACUCUGUGGUAAACUACAGUGUGUAGAAGAAAUUGUUCAGCACGCAUCCAGUCCAAUGUUGUACGUUCUGGCAUGGAAUAACGAUGGUUCGAUUAAGGAUGUAUCCGCACGCUACUGUGCUCAGUAUUCAACUGUAACACAGAAGUUGCGCAUAAUGCAACCGUGGAUGGACAACACGCUUCUGCAGUUUCGCGGUGAUAAGAGCGCACGCGACACCGUUGAGGAUCGCGAGCUGAAUCGCAUACUGGAGGAGCGUCCGCUACCGAACACAAUAUCCAAAUUCAAGUGUCAUCCAUAUUUUGCAUUGGAACGUCAUCUGCUCAAGUUUGAAGCAAUCUAUCCACCGGAUGCUCCAACACUUGGCUUCACCUCGACGAAGGAACCGGUUUACGCGCGAGAAUGCGUUCACACACUUCGCGCACGCGAAACCUGGCUAAAGCAGGCUCGAACCGUGAAGUUGUUCGAAGCGCCGUACAAAAUAGUUUCCGGCCGUCCCAAGUACGACAGGUCUUCCGGUCAAAUGUUACCGUCGCAGCCUUUGGAACUGUUUGGCCUAUGGCAAACGGAGGAAUACGAUCCACCGACGGCAGAAAAUGGCAUUGUUCCGCGCAACGCAUACGGCAACGUGGAACUCUUCAAACCUUGCAUGUUGCCGAAGAAAACUGUUCAUCUUCGCUUGUCUGCCCUGAAUCGUAUAUGCAAAAAAUUGCACAUCGACUGCGCACAUGCAGUUACCGGGUUCGAUUUUCACGGUGGCAGCAAUCAUGCGGUGUACGAUGGGUUCGUUGUGUGCGAAGAGAACCGCGAUUUGGUGGUGGACGCUUGGCAUCAGGAGCAGCAACGGGCUCGCGAGAAGUACGAGAAACGUGUUUACGGCAAUUGGAAGCGGCUGAUUAAGGGCCUGCUGAUACGCCAGAGGCUGCAAAAUAAGUACAAUUUCGACAACCUUAGUCAGUAGACCAGAGGGUGGAGUGCUUUUAAUUUAAUUUACUCAUUCGUUUGUGUCGUUUGUGUUGAUUUACUCGACUGUGAGUCGAAAGGCUGA